AUGGGGAGCAGAUCUCCGCCGAGGCACUCCCAGUCCCAAUCGACAUCACCUCUGUUGCCAUUGUCGUCGGCGACGUUCUGGCGCGGCAUGGCUGCAUCGACGUGCUGCUCAACAAGUGUCAGGUGCACGGGCCUGCUCGUUCUCAAUGAGACAAGACUUUGGUGGUUCAAUCAGACCCGUCACAUUACUCCAAAUGCAGUAGUAUCUUCUCCUGAUAAGAAUGUAACAAUUGCCAAAAGGUGCACAGUUUUUCCAGUUGAAUUUGUUGUGAGGGGAUUUGUUACAGGAAGCACUGAUACAUCUUUAUGGACAGUUUAUAAUAAGGGUGUAAGGAACUAUUGUGGAAAUGCUCUUCCUGAUGGCAUGGUAAAGAAUCAGAAGCUAUCUGCAAAUAUACUGACACCAACAACUAAAGCUGCAGAUCAUGAUGUCCCUGUCACUCCAGAUGAGGUGUCUCAUGCUUUUAAUAUAUUUCCUCUUGUAAUCUUAGAGUUAUAG